UAUAUACGAUAUGUACGGUUGCACUAUAUACGUCACACAACUAGGCCAAAAUAUUAAGAGUGAAAUUUUUGACCUUUACUGAAUCGUUCAAGUGACGAUAAGAAAACAAGAGAGUAUCACCGUCCGCUACCUAAGCCAACAUUUAGUCAUAUCGAAUAUAGAAGUGUGUGUUGGGCGUGUUUGUUAUCAAUUUAACUUUAUUUAAAGAAAAUAUCACACAAACACAUUAAUAAUUAGCGAGACAGUAUAAUCACUCGACGAGUAUGGCUAAUAUAACAACUUAUUUACGAGUGAACAGUUGUGUCGGUAAACAAUUGUCGAGAACAACUUUAUCCGCUCUGAGGAAACUAUCCACGAGUUUAACUAUGGCAACAAAUUCAGGGCAAAGCAUUCCAAAGCUCGUCUCUAUCGAUGAAUCGCGUCGUUUCAUGGUCGAUUGUUUCACUGCAUCGAAAUCGUCACCAUCUCAUGCCCAACAAAUGGCCGAUCUGCUGGUUGAAGCUGACUAUCGCGGUCACUACAGUCACGGCAUGAAUCGCUUGGAAAUGUACAUAAAUGAAUUGAAUGACGGUGUUGCAGACGGUUUUGUAACUCCAACAAUUCUGAACGAAACUCUGGCCACUGCAUGGGUUGACGGAGAGAAUGGACUCGGCGCUGUGGUUGGAAAUUUUUGCAUGGAUUUGGCAAUAGAGAAAGCUAAAAAUGUUGGCGUUGGUUGGGUGUGUGCAAAGAGAUCGAAUCACUAUGGAAUAGCUGGAUGGUAUACCAUACGUGCAAUGAAUCAAGGCUUUAUGGGAAUUUCAAUGACCAAUACGUCUCCCAUAAUGACACCUACACGCAGCAAAGAGUCGGCUCUUGGAACCAACCCAAUUAGUUUCGCCGCCCCAGCCAACAAUGGAGAUAGUUUUGUAUUGGACAUGGCAACAACAGCCGUUGCAGUUGGUAAAAUUGAAAUAAAAAAGAGGAAGAACGAACCAUGUCCCAUUGGCUGGGCACAAGACCAGGAAGGUAAUCCCACGACAGAUCCACACGUUGCUUUCGAUGCUGGUUGUUUGAUGCCUCUAGGAGGCGCCGAAAAUACGUCUGGCUAUAAAGGUUAUGGUUUGGCUGGUAUGGUGGAAACUAUGUGUGGUAUAUCUGCAGGAUCAAACUUUUCAACUAAAAUUCGAAAGUGGGCACACUCAGGCAAUACUACCGAAGCUAAUCUUGGUCAGGUUUUCAUUGCCAUCAAUCCCAACUGCUUUGCACCUGGUUUUACCGAUCGAAUGACUGAAAUGAAUGACAUUUGUAGGAAUAUGUCCAGGAUUGACUCAGAGGUCCCGGUUUUGGUUGCUGGCGAUCCAGAACGGAUUCAUAUGAAAAAGGUUGACAAAGAUGGUGGCGUAGUUUACAGUGAAAAUCAAUUGCGAACAUGUGAAAGUUUGGCCGAAAGGUUGAGCAUUCAACCACUUCGAUUUGUUUGAAGACUUGAGGGGAUGUUCAAAGAUGCCUAGGGAUUGCAAAAAUUAAAUGUUUUAUUGUUGA